CGCUUUAAGAUGAACUAUCCUGAUACACUUUCACCCAGUAAACUUGUCACGAAGCAGAGAGGUCAUCUAAAGUUCAACACCAUAGUUGGAGUUUUCCUUACCUAGAUGAUUACUCCGGAAAUCCAACUACCAUUUGUUGGUUAAAUGGUUUAAUUUUUUGUUUUUCGCAUUUUCUUUCCCCCUUGUAGUAUGUUUUCGCUCUCUGACCAUCUUGCCCAGUGUAUACAUAUGACUUCUGAAUACAAGAUGUAUGAGAACAGAUAUGACUUCUAUUAAAUAUUGCUUUCCAGCAGAUGGACGGUGUUUCUGGAAUAUAAAUCCAUCGGAGGGACAUCUUAUUAUAUCUCCAGAUUGUAAGGCAGAAGAUACCGACAUUCCACAAUAUUCUCCCAAAGUCACCUCGGAUUGGUUGGUUAGAUCAUCAGAUCCUUCCAAUCCUGAGGAACCUUCUGAGAAAUCCCAUACUAUGACAUCAGAUGUCCUUCCAAGUUCUCACAGUGCUGACAGAUCACCAGAUCCAUCCAAUCCCCAGACAUCUUCUUCAAGCCAUAAGAGGGUUCACACAGGGGAGCGUUCAUUUUCAUGUUCAGAGUGCGGGAAAUCUUUCACUGAAAACAAAAACCUCCGUAUGCACCAGAAAAUUCACAUGGGUGAACGUCCUUUCUCUUGUUCGGAGUGCGGGAAAGGUUUCCUUAAAAAAGAAAACCUUCUUAGACACCAGAGAAUUCACACGGGUGAGCGUCCCUAUCCAUGUUCAGAGUGCGGGAAAUGUUUCUCUCAGAAACAACAACUUGUUGUACACCAGAGAAUUCACACAGGUGAGCGUCCCUUUUCAUGUCCAGAGUGCAAGAAACGUUUCAUUCGGAAAGCAGCCCUGGUUUCCCAUCAGAGAAUUCACACCGGUGAGCGUCCAUUCUCUUGUUCAGAGUGCGGGAAAGGUUUCCUUAAAAGAGGAACCCUAAUUGUACACCAGAGAAUUCACACGGGUGAGCGCCCUUUCUCAUGUUCAGAGUGCGGGAAAAGUUUCCCUAAAAAAGAAGCACUUAAAGUACAUCUUAGCAUUCACACAGGUAAGCGUCCUUUCUCUUGCUCAGAGUGCGGGAAAGGUUUCCCUAAAAAAGCAACCCUUAUUAUACACCACAGAACUCACACAGGUGAGCGUCCUUAUUUAUGUUUAGAGUGCGGGAAAUGUUUCAUUGAAAAAAAAAACCUUCUUAGACAUCAGGUUAUUCACACGGGUGAGCGUCCUUUUUCAUGUUCAGAGUGCGGGAAAAGUUUUACCCGUAAAGGAGAGCUUGUUGAACACCUUAAAAUUCACACGGGUGAGCGUCCUUUCCCUUGCUCAGUGUGCGGGAAACGUUUCCUUAAAAAAGGAAAUCUUACCGAACACCAAAAAAUUCACACAGGUGAGCGUCCUUUCCCUUGUUCGGAGUGCGAGAAAGGUUUCUUUAAAAAAGAAAGACUGAUUGUACACCAGAGACAUCACACAGGCGAGCGUCCUUAUUCAUGUUCAGAGUGCGGGAAAUCUUUCGCUGAGGAAGGAGUACUUAUUGAACAUCAGAGAAUUCACACAGGUGUGCGUCCUUAUCCGUGUUCAGAGUGCGGGCAAUCCUUCAUUCAUAAAAGAAGCCUUGUUAAACACCAGAGACUUCACACGGGUGAGCGUCCUUAUUCAUGUUCAGAGUGCGGGAAAUGUUUCACUGCGAAAGAAAACCUUGUUAAACACCACAGGUUUCACACAGGUGAGCGUCCUUAUCCAUGUUCAGAGUGCGGGAAAUGUUUCACUACGAAAGAAAACCUUGUUAAACACCAGAGACUUCACUCAGGUCCGGAUCUUUCGCUCAGGGGGGAGCACUCGUUGAACAUCAGAGAAGUCACACCAGUAAACGCCCUUAUGCAUGUCCAGAGUGCGGGAAAUCUUUCUCUUAUACAGGAGACUUUGUUAAACACCGGAGAAUUCACACUGAUGAGCAUCCCUGUUCAUGUUCAGAGUGCGGGAAAUAUUUCAUUGUGAAAGGACACCUUGUGCAAGACCAGAAAAUUCACACGGGCGAGCGUCGUCCUUCUUCGUGUUCAGAGUGCGGGAAAUCUUUCAUUGUGAAAGGACACCUUGUGCAACACCAGAAAAUUCACACGGGCGAGCGUCGUCCUUCUUCUUCAUGUUCAGCGUGCGGGAAAUUUUUCAAUCAUAAAGGAAACCUUCUGAAACACCAGAGAAGACACACCGCAGAGUAGGCUCAUUGCAUUCAGAGUGCGGGAAAUGGUUUACAGAU